GCUGGCUUCCAUAAACAAAAAAAUCUCGAGCGCGCGCCGAACGAUUGAAAAAUGCUCUUCUACUCCUUUUUCAAAUCCCUAGUAGGGAAGGAUGUGGUUGUGGAGCUGAAAAACGAUCUUAGUAUUUGCGGAACGCUGCAUUCUGUGGACCAGUACCUCAACAUAAAGUUGACCGAUAUUAGUGUGACGGAUCCGGAAAAGUACCCGCACAUGUUGUCGGUGAAAAACUGCUUCAUUCGCGGUUCGGUCGUGCGGUAUGUGCAGCUGCCCGGCGAGGAAGUCGACACGCAGUUGCUGCAGGAUGCCGCCAGAAAAGAGGCUGUAACGAGUGUUCGAUAAGUAGUAAAUCCAAGUGCGUGAAAAAAAGAUACAACUGCGUUUGCUGCUGCUGCUUGAUGGUGUGAUGACAUGGUUCGCUAGGGGCCAAAGGUAGCGAGGCAGCCAAGCGACGUUUCGUUAUAUUCUGUACGGUACAGCGUGUCUGUGAAAAGGCGGACACGGCUCCAAAGAAACAACUUAUGGGUGCGAAUAGAGGGGAUCGACUCAAUACAAGGCUUUGUGUAGGACAGAAGGUUGGGGAAAUGCUCUUCCAAUACUCAUGUAAACUAUUACCGAGUCACCCUCCUAUGGCUUACCUUAAUUUAUUUGAAAUUGAUUCCAAAUUCAUUCGCUAAUCGUAAUCAGUGUCAUCAAAAAAGAAGAAACACGCAACCAGUUUAUUCAGAUUUCAGCUGACCAUAUCUCGCACUAUUUCUUUUUGUAACUUUUCUCCCACAUCCGGUCAGCACGUUUUUGCCAUUCUCUCCGACAUCAUAUAGUUUACACCGAAUGUUUCUAAAAGUUGCAAGAAUGGCAUACAUUAUAACAACAAUAAAUUAGGAAAACUACUAAAUG